ACCUUUUCCUAGACAUACUCGUACUACAUCGACAGUAGCUUAGAUUUUGUUGAUACUACAUACAAUAAACGGAAAUACUUUCCUGUCUCUAACUGAGGAAUUACAGCAUUCGCUGACUUGAUAGGAGGAAAACCUUGUCACCAAGCCACUGAUGUUGUUUUGCUGCCAAUGCCAAGUUCUCGGCUGACGAGGCCGAGUUUGUUUACUUCUCUCGCAGAUCCCAGAGCUUGGAUGGGUGCGAUAACCCCCAGGGACUGAGAGCGAACUUGACCCAGUUCUCCCAGGUUCAAGCAAAGCCUGGAGAAUGCCUACGAUCUGCGGCUUAUCAAACCUUUGAAAACAGCAAGUCAGUUGACUUUUUAACGCCAAGAUGAGAGCUACCAAAAGCGCUUGCUUGAGAUUGCUGCUCGAGCUGCUGCUCCUCUUUGAAAUCCAGCUUUGCGAAGUGACUGGAGCCAGACACUACAUGAAUCGCAUGCAGAUGGGCGGAAACUUUCCAGACUCACGUGAGGAACAAAUGGUGCGCCAACUAGUGUCGGCGGAUGUGCAAAAGUACAUGAACCAGAGUGCCGAUCCAUGUGCGGAUUUCUUCGAGUAUGCCUGUGGUCAGUGGGGUCGUUAUCACAAGCGGCAACUUCGUCCGGAUGAGUUGUCCACCGCCCAGCAGCUGAUGGAGAACAAAAUCUCGGAGCAAUUGCAGCAACUCCUCACGCAGCCACUGCCACCGCAACAGCAUCCCAAUGGCUACAAUGGACCAAGUAUGACGAAUGUCCGCAAAGUGCGAGCCUUCUACGAUUCCUGUGUGGCCGUGGAAGCGAAUGCUGGCGAAAGACGUCGCUUCCUGAUGAAGAUCCUCAAGGACAAUGGGGGAUUACGCAAUGUACCCAACUCCAACUGGCAGCACAACCGUCAUUGGGUGCAAACUUUGGGCGAAUUGAAGCGGAACUACGGAUUGGACAUACUUCUGGGAUUGGAAAUCGAUCUGAACCUACAGAAUAUGCAGGGGAAAAGCAUAUACCUGGGCGAGCCCAAGCUAACCAUUAUUCCUGCGGAGCAUUGCAAUGCCUUGGCAACGCGGGAAGCUCAUGUUAAGGAUGAAGUACAUACCCGGGUGCAGCAGCAGGUGGCUGAUAACCUGCGCGAUUGGUUUGCCAUUGACACUGGGGAGGCGGCCCGUUUUGCCGGAGAUCUUAUUCGCUUCGAAUUUGAACUCUGCAAGCGAAUGGGAGACGAGGAUACCCAAAAGCCCGCAGAAGAAUCCCAACCCACUAUUCCAUAUUAUGCAGCCCGCUCGCGAACUGGCCAAGAGCGUUUACAUCGCCAAAAGCCGGGAAUGAGCUUAGCAGAACUCACAAGCGAAAUGGGCAAUCAACUGGAUUUUAAAAUGUUCGUGGAGGUAAUUUUGGAGAAUCAAUACCAACCAGAUGUCUACCUGCGCUCCCCGGAAUACGUGAAACAUCUGGUGAGGACGGUGAAGGCCAACAAUCGCAUCACUGUCGGUGGCUACAUUAUGUACCUGGCCCUUAACGAGCUCAAUCAGCCGCCCGAAGAGGCGCCAUCGCAACGUGCCCGCCAGUGCGUCCUGGUGACGCAGCGCCUCUUUCCCCAGGUGCUCGGCGAGAUGUUCCAGCGCCAUGUGCAGCGCGACAAUGCCAAACACGACCUGGAGGCCGUCUUCAGCGAUGUGAUCAAGGCGCUGGAGGAGCAGUUGCACGUCGAGUGGAUGGACGAGAACGAUCGGAGGGCGGCCAGGACCAGACUCUCGCAGUACCGAGUCACUCUGCCGGACUACCAGAGCUUGGAUCUCUCCGCUCUGCAGUUCCAGAAGUCGGAAGACUACUGGCGGCGUUUGGAGAUUGCACUCAAAUACCGCUCCCAACAGCAGUUCGAAGGCCUGAAGGGUAACGAUUAUGGCCAGGAUGGAGACGGCAUCCUGGAUGCUUUCGAAGUGCGCGCUGCUCUGUCACCCCGCCAGCAUACGGUCCUGGUGGGCUGGGGUCUGCUCCAGGCUCCCUACUACAACUACUUCUAUCCCAGGGCACUGAAGUAUGCUCUAUUGGGUCAAAGGUUGGCCAGCGCCUUGGUGCAGGCAUUCGACGACGAGGGAUGGAACCGGCAUCCACAGGCGACGUCUCAGUGGAACGAGCUGACCAUGUCUGGCUACCGAAAUGUCAGCGAAUGUCAGCGGUCUCAGUACAGUAGUUACCUCUACAAUGAACCUGGCGAGUUUCGCAAUGCCACCCGGCUAAGGAAGAUUAUAGCCGAGGGCAGCGGUCUCAACUUGGCUUUCAACGCCUAUUUGGCCUGGCUGGAGCAGCAGGAUCCCAAUAUGCGCCCACUCCUAGCCAAGGAAACACUGCCAGAGCUGAACUUCACCAACACCCAGCUGUUUUUCAUAUACUUUGCUCAGACGCGCUGCUGGGCGAAGGACAAUCAGGAAGCCAUCCUGGACUCGAUGCCCCUGAUGCAGCACACACCCGAGAGGUGGGACGUGAAUGGACCGCUGAGCAACUCCGCGGAGUUCGGUCGUGAAUUUGGCUGUGCUCUGGGCACGCCGAUGAACAGUGGUGACAAGUGUAUGGUUUACUAAUGACGACAAGGCGUAAAUAAAGUACUUGAAAAGUAA